AUGGCAGGAGUUAAUGGAGCAGUCGACGAGGCUCUCAAUAGAGACUACGACUCUUUGUUGAAGCACGCAAGAUGGUACAAUGCCCCUCAAGCCAUAGAUAUACCUAUUGGCGAAGAAGGAGAAGAAGUCGAAAUCCCCCUGCAAGAUCUGGAAGAGCCAACAGAGUUGUGCCAGUUACUAGAGACCGAGAAAGCAGAGCGCAAGCACUGGAUCACGGUAGCACUUUCUUAUGCGAAAGCAAACAAGCUCGACUAUGCUCUCGAAGUUCUGCAGCAGGCACAAAACAUCUUUGCAAGGGGACUGCCAAAGGACAGACUACCCGUCUUAGGCUGCAUAUCAUGGAUCUAUCUUCUCAAGAGCAGGAGAGCGCCACGUGUCGUCAGUGAGGCACAAGAUCCCGACACCAAGACGAAAGAACACUACCUACGCGAAGCCACCAAUGUCAUGAACGAAGCGAUGCGAAUUAACCCUGCUCAUCCUCCGCUCUACCUUACCCGUGGUGUUGUCAAUCUCCUGCGAGCUGCUCUUGCUACAUCCACUAAGACUGGCCAGGCGGCCGAGAACGAAAGAGCAGAUGCAAUCAACCAGGCUCUCAAGUGUUUCGACGAGGCAGUCAGGUUGUCCGACGAACGAAAUUUGUUGGCUCUUAUGGGUCGCGCACGAUCACUAUAUCUGUUAAGAAAAUACUCACAGGCUCUAAACACGUAUCAAGAAGUACUGAGAAAGCAGCCUAAGAUGAAGGACCCUGAUCCACGGAUAGGCAUUGGUGCUUGCAUGUGGCAGAUGGGAUAUCACGAUCAUGCGAAGACAGCUUGGGAAAGAGCUCGACAACUUAAUCCAAACUCGAACAUUGCCCAUACACUACUCGGCAUCUAUACCUUGCGAGAGAGUGAGAAAUAUGGCACAGACGAUAGACGUUUCGAGACCCUAUAUAGUCAGGCAAUGGCAGAUUACCUCAAGAAAGCCUACAGUCUCGACAAGCAGAGUUCGCUCACUAGCGCCGCUUUUUCGACUUAUUUCCUGAACACGAAGCGAUGGGAUCAGUUGGAGGCCCUGGCGAAGAAAGCCAUUGAACAGACAGACAUAAACGCAACUGCAAGUGACGGCUGGUUCGUUCGCGCCAGGAAAGAGCACGAAUUGGGCAAUACUCAGCAAGCUAACGAUGCCUACGGUCGGGCUGAUCAGGCAAGAGGUGGCCAAAAUGCUGGCUUCUUUCCUGCCAAGUUCGGCCUCAUUCAGCUCACGAUUGAGUCGGGUGAUAUUACAAGUGCUAAGUUCAGACUUGAAAAGUUGUUCGAACGCCACAAAGCACUUGAGAUCAUGACCUUGCUUGGAUGCAUCUAUGCCGAGGACAUCUUUGCUGCGCAAAAGGCCAAUCCAAAGGAAGAUAAGAGUGCCGAGUACCGCAAAGCUAUUCGGAUGCUGGAGACUGUACGCAAGAAUUGGAAAGACGACAAAGCAAAAAUCAAGACGAAGCCUGAUUCUGCUGUGCUAUUGUACCUAGCUCGACUGUAUGAGAUGGAGGCACCGCUCGAGAGUGAGAAAUGCUUGGCAGAGGUCGAGAGCCUGCAAAGACAGGCUAUCACUGACGAGCAGCAUUUCGACCCAAAUGCCGAAGACUUCAACGAGUUGAUCCAGGAACACAUGCCACCACAGUUACACAACAACGUUGGUUGCUUUCUAUAUCGAGAUGAGGCAUAUGAGCAGGCCUUACAGCGAUUCGAGAUUGCUCUCAAUGCCACUCUCAAAUUACACGAGAAGCAAAUCGAGGAGAAGCAGAAGGCCGAAGAUGCUGGCGAGAAUACAGCUGAUCUGGAUGUGACUGAUACCGAUGCUUUGGUCACGACAAUUUCCUACAACCUUGCUAGGACUCAAGAAGCACUGGGCCAGAGACAGCACGCCAUUCGAACCUACGAAGGUCUGCUCAGCAGGCGGCAUCCAGAUUAUACUGAUGCUGCCGCACGGCUUGCUUAUCUCGCUCUCAUUGAGUCGCCACAGGACGCUGGACCCAAGAAGCUGAAAGCGAUGUUUGAUGCUGAUCAUGGUCAUCCUGAGGUUCGUGCUCUGAUGGGCUGGUAUUUCCACAGCUCAAAGAAGAAGACGGCCAAUAUUGCAGAAGAUCAAGAGUUCAGACACCACAAGCACACGCUGCAGCAGUACGACAAACACGAUGUUUACUCUCUUAUUGGUAUGGGAAACAUCCACCUUGCCAUUGCUCGUGACAUGCCUCGAAACACUGAGCCCGAGAAAGAAAAGCGGACCAAGAUGUACCAGAAAGCAUACGAGUUUUUCGACAAGGCUCUGCAACUCGAUCCAAGAAACGCCUUCGCUGCUCAAGGUAUAGCAGUCGCUCUUUGUGAUGACAAGAAGAACUUCUCGGAAGCGCUUCAGAUUCUGGUUAAAGUCAAAGAUACGAUUCGGGAUAUUUCGGUGUUCCAGAAUUUAGGUCAUGUUUACUGCGAACUGAAGCAAUAUUCUCGCAGUAUUGAUAGCUACGAGACAGCUCUGCAGAAACAAAUACAGCAACGACAGAAGAGGCACGACUCUUUGCAGCCUUCUGUAAAUGGUGAUGCUGGUGAAACCACGAAUGGUCUCAACGGCCAUGCUAAGGCCGAUCACAAAGAAGAUGCCCAAAUCCUGGCCUGCUUGUCUCGAGUCUGGCUUCUGAAAGGCAAGAACGAUAAAUCAAUUCUUAGCCACACGACUGCGCUGGAUCUGAUGCAGCGAGCUCUUGCUACCGCACCUGAUUCGCCACAUUUGAGAUUCAACGUGGCCUUCAUACAAUUUCAGAUUGUGCUGCUCGUCAACAGCCUUUCGGAUGCAGAACGCACCCUUGAUGACCUUGUCACUGCCAAAACCGGGCUCGAGGAGGCCAUUGCCACUUUCGAAGAGGUAGCAACCGUUCCAAAUCCACCAUAUCCCAAAGCCAUGCUUGAACAGCGAGCUGCGAUGAGUAAGGGUACGAUGAUGAAGCAGGUCGAUCGUGCGAUGCAGCAACAAAGUGACUACGAGCGAGCGAACACCGAGAAGUUGGCAGAAGCGAAGCGGAGACGUGAAGAGGAACUUCGAGCUCGAGAUGCAGCUGCGCAACGUCGAAAAGAGGAGGAGGAAGCACGUGAGGCCGAGGUGCGCAGAAAGAGAGAGGAAUACCAGGAGGAGGCUGCUCGGAAGGCCGAAGAAUUCCGUCAAGCUGCGCUAAUAAGAGAGGCAGCAGAGUACACGACCGAUGAGGAGACAGGCGAUAGGGUCAAGAGACAGAAGAAGAAGAAAGGAGAGGGCAGGAGCAAAAAGAGGAAGGCAAGAGAUGACGAGGACGGAUUUAUCGAGCACGACGAAGACAGCGAUAGUCAAGCAGGCCAUACUGGUGGUCGCGAAAGAACACCGAUCAGUGGCACCGAUGAUGACAAGGAGCAAGACAAACAGCCUAAGAAGAAGAGGAAACUCGAAAGAAAGGCACGGCCAGUCAAAGAGAAGCCUUCGCGGAAACCAAAAGAAAAGGAAGGCAAGUUCAAGAGUCAAGCUGUCGUGGUUGACAGCGACGACAGUGAGGAGGAGGCUGCAGAGACACCACAAGGCAGUGGCUCAGAGGCAGUCAACGACGCACCGACCCCGAAGACUGGUGGCGAGGAUGGGGAUGUCGAUAUGCAGGAAGACGACGCGCAGUCCGGGGCAAAAACAAGGCCUGCACCACGGCAGAGGAAGCAAUUGAGGACAAUUGCGGAUGAUGACGAGGAUGAGGAGGGUGAGGACGUGCCAGUAGUGCCUUCCUCUGUACCAAAAUCUACGUCGCGGGUUGUGGAGGACGACGACGAUGAAUAA